GCUUUCUGAGCAUAGUAUCGCCACAUAAAUAUUCAUAUUGAUCUUCUACCUUCCUUAUACUCUUCCUUCAACCCUUCUCAAGUCGAUUUGUCUCUGCCACGUCUAUAACAAAUCCCAGAAUUUUCAAGAUGGGUGCGCCAAUGACUUGGCUACUUCGUCUCUUUGCACUCCUUGGUCUGCUUUCCUUGUCGUUGGCCCAUCCUCUUACAGCCAUAUCCACAACCGAUGAUAUAUUCAUCAGAAACAUUGAUCAGCCAUCCAACGACACUACCCUAGAUACCCCAGAUGACGGGUUCCAUCUGGAUAAACGUGGCAUCGCAAAGUACAGUACGGAAGAGCAGAAAGCUCUCCGGACUUUGGCAAGUGGAAUAGACGAGCUCCUCGAUGAUGGCGACGUUGUGUUCUUCGUUGGCAAUAGCGGCUCCUACUUGAUCAAUCCAUUUGACACCACCAAAUAUCACAUGAAGGCUAUCCCAAACAGUAAAGCCAAGAAGUACGGUACACCCGGCUACAUACCAACCAGAAAAGGCUUAGAGCGGUACUGGGAAAAGAUCGUGGGGCCAACCUUGCUCGAAAAGCAAAUCGAGCGCAUUAUCCUAGUCGAUCACUCUGGAUCCGGGCAGUCCGUAGAUGGCUUUCGCCGCAGCUUGCUUGACGCAUGCCAGAUCGGCGUAGAAAAAUCGCACGGAGCAGCAAAUGGACUAAAGGCCAGGCAACAGCUUUCGGAAUUCCCGAUGUACCUUGUUAACGUCAUCGAUGCGAGCCGUGCAGACAGAAGCAGGCCCGUCAUAGAUCCCAAGACAGUACCUGUCCUCGCCAAGCUGACCACAGGAGGCAGGAACCUCGUCAAUGUAAUGGUUGGAGGCGAGAGGCACCCAAGGGUGCAGCCUGAGUACCCGCCUACAAAGUGGGAUAUUGCAGCUAAGGACUGCGCCUCGGCCCAAGAGAAAGCGGAUGCUAAGGCCAUGAGAGAUGAUAUUAUCAACUGGAACAAGAACCAUGGAGGGCUCAUUGGAAGUCCAGUAGCUCCAUCCUCUAAUAAGAAGACGAAGAAGCCUCUGCCAAAGGGGCUUAAGAAGUUGAUGUUGUGGACGUUGACUUAAGUAUGCCGAAAUUGUGUGGUAUAGACUAUGCUGAAAUCUUGGAGUUUGGACGAACCAGAAUCUAUGGCACUUGGAGUUGGUUUAUUUGGCUUAUUGAGUUUUAUCGGUCGGUGAAAAAGGUAAAAGCUGCAGUUUGUUUACAUGUCUAUGAGCGCUCUCUUUAGUAUACAUAGCUGC